GCUGUGUAAACCGGUAAUUGCUGUCCCGGUGGUUUUGCCGUUUCGCUGUAUUCUACCGGUCUUGUGUAUCGUUACUUGAAGAGAGUGGUGUCUUCCAUUGUGCCUGGAAGCAUGUUUCUAACCCGCUCCGAGUAUGACAGGGGGGUCAACACAUUCUCUCCUGAGGGCCGACUUUUCCAAGUUGAGUACGCAAUUGAAGCCAUAAAGCUUGGUUCAACAGCAAUAGGAAUCCAGACUUCAGAGGGGGUAUGUCUGGCAGUUGAGAAGAGGAUUACUUCCCCACUGAUGGAGCCUAGUAGCAUUGAAAAAAUAGUGGAAAUUGAUGCUCACAUAGGUUGCGCCAUGAGUGGAUUAAUAGCAGAUGCAAAAACUUUGAUUGACAAAGCCCGGGUGGAGACACAGAAUCACUGGUUUACAUACAAUGAGACCAUGACAGUGGAAAGUGUUACACAAGCUGUUUCCAACCUUGCACUGCAGUUUGGAGAGGAGGAUGCUGACCCUGGGGCAAUGAGUCGUCCAUUUGGUGUGGCAUUGCUUUUUGGCGGAGCAGAUGAGAAGGGACCUCAACUAUUCCAUAUGGAUCCAUCUGGGACUUUUGUUCAGUGUGAUGCCCGCGCCAUUGGCUCUGCAUCUGAGGGAGCCCAGAGUUCUUUGCAGGAGGUAUAUCACAAGUCCAUGACACUGAAGGAAGCAAUUAAAUCUUCUCUCACUAUUCUGAAGCAAGUGAUGGAGGAAAAACUGAAUGCAACAAACAUUGAGCUUGCCACGAUAGAACCUGGAAAGAAGUUUCACAUGUACUGUAAAGAAGAGCUAGAAGAAGUUAUUAAGGACAUCUAAACCUAACUAGAUUCACCACAACAGUUCUGACCACAGCUCCCAGACUUUGGCUUUCUCCAGUUGUUUGUUUGUUUUUCUUUUUUAAAUCUAAACAUGUCUGUAUAUAGAUGCAACUUUGAGAAAGUUACUGAAAAUAAACAGUUUUCUACUGUAA